AUGGCUGCUACUGCGGAUACCUCUCUCUCGCUCGAGAGUCGAGCCUCCACAGUGCAAGCUGUGAUGUGGACGAUGUCAAUCUCCGCAUUGAUAUUCGUUUUGAUGCGCUUGUAUGUGCGAGUACACUUGCGAAAGGUGUUCGGCUGGGAUGAUGGCAUUGCCGUAACCGCCAUCUGUUGUCUGAUUGCCUACGCUGCUGUCUCUCAUGUCGCCGCUAAUGCAGGACUUGGUCAACAUCUCGCAGUUGUUGCGCGAAAUCCGAACAAUGUGAUGGAAGUCGGACUUUUGUGCAACAUCGGUGAAAGCCUCGCAAUCAUGGCGUGCACCCUUGGGAAAACGUCCUUUGCGGUCACGUUGCUUCGGAUUGUGGUUGAGAAAUGGAUGAAGAUUGUGCUUUGGGUUGUGAUCAUUACAAUGAACAUCGUCAAUAUCCUGGCUGCGCUGUUCGUCUUCGUGCAAUGCAAAGACCCUCGGCACUUGUGGAAUCCGGCGAUUCCAUCAGAGUGUUGGGCUCCAGACGUCUUUACCAAUUUCUCUUUAUUCGUUGGGGCUUAUUCCGGAUUACAAGACUUCAUCCUAGCAUUGCUGCCGUGGACGAUUGUCUGGAACCUGCAAAUGAAGAAGAAAGAAAAGUUUGGUGUGGCAUUUGCAAUGAGCCUUGGAAUCUUCGCUGGGGCAGCUUCCAUAGUCAAGACGAUCUACCUCAAGGCCCUUUCAGCAAAAUCCGACUUUACCUGGGAACUCGCUCCGCUACUCAUUUGGGCAGCCGUGGAAGAUGGCCUCGCCAUCACCGCUGCAUCUAUUCCUGCUCUGAAGCCUCUUCUCGUGAAGGUAUUCCCUAGCACAGAUUCGGAGAACUACAACAUGAUUUCGUAUCCGAUCUUGCCUCUUCGUGGGAGGGUAUUCGACAACACCUUGGGCGCAACACAAACCGACAUUGUGCAUACAAAUAUCCGUGACUCGGAGAGUCAAACGUCGAUUCUAGAGCUUGAGACUCAAAAGGAGGACAAUAUUAACAUGAUCACUGAGGUGUCGGUAACGUAUAAAAAGACCACGUGA